AUGGCGACAACUGGAGGCGGCGGGCCGGAUGUCAACCUCCCUGGACUGGAGGGCGAGGCGGGGCCAGACUCAGAGCCUGACUCGGAGGUGUUUUCGUGCGUGGCCCACUGCUCCGACCUCGCCUGCCGCCAGAACGAGCAGCGGCGGUUAGGCCUCUUCUGUGACGUCACGCUUGCUUUCAGUGGCGGCAGCAAUGAGGAAAAGGAGGAGGAGGGGGGAGUGGGCGGGGCCUCCUCCGAUCCCCCACCGCGAGAAUUCCGGGCGCACCGCUCGGUCCUGGCAGCGGCCACCGAAUACUUCGCUCCUCUCCUUCUGGGCGACUUUGCGGAGUCCCGCUCGGGACGGGUGGAGUUACGGAAAUGGAGUUCGGGAGCGGGACCAGACCCGGAGACGAUCGAGGCGAUCAUCAACUUCAUGUACACGGGGACCGUCCGCGUCAGUCCUGGCAACGUGCACGAGGUUCUGGAGUUGGCCGACAGGUGAUCAAGAUAAGUGGCACAACUUAGAGUCUGCCCCAAAGAUACUCCGGGAUGUUAAAGUGAUUACAAUAGACAACAGAUUUGUUUACAUGGCAGCUCGCACACCAGUUGAUGGAGAUAAUGAAGAUGGCUUACGGUCUGUCAUUAUUCGCUAUGAUGCAGACACACGACAAUGGCGAGAUUGUGAGUCUCUGCCACUCCUUGACAACUAUUGCUGCUUCCAAAUGGUUGUGGGGAACACCAACUUUUACCACACCGCUUCUUGUUGUUCCAGAAGCUAUCCUCUAGACCAUGAAGAGGCCAAGAGAAAAAUCUCUAACCAAUUAUCUGAUGAUAUUCUGGAAAGCUUACCAUCAGAGGUCCUUAGCAUUGAAGGGGCAGCUAUCUGCUAUUACAAAGAUGAUAUCUUCAUCAUAGGUGGAUGGAAGAACAGUGAUGAUAUUGAUAAACAGUACAGAAAAGAGGCCUACCGCUACUGUGCUGAGAAGAAGCGUUGGCUGUUACUCCCUCCUAUGCCUCAGCCUCGCUGCCGUGCUACAGCUUGUCACGUUAGAAUCCCCUUUCGGUCCUUACAUGGUACCCAGAAAUAUCCAGUACCGCAAAACCUAAUGUGGCAGAAGGACCGGAUCCGGCAGACGCAUCAACAUUCCUUAAAUUUAAGGAGGAUGCCUCACUCUCAGAUAGAAUGCUAGCUUGAAUAAAUGACAUCAGAAAUAUCUGGCUAUAAUUGUCAUGCCUGGCAUGGACUAAUAGCCACCAAACGGCUUAAGUAUUGGAGACAAAGCUUUCUUGUUGAAUAUUUGAUCUGGAUUAUAAGUGCUACAUGGAAAUUUGGUGUAUACUUGCCAUAAAUCUGAAGAUAAGCAGACAUAGAACCGUUUUACAGUCUUUCUCCACAGAUGUCCUCCAGAUAUAGAAUCCAACAAAAGAAUUAUUCUUGCAUUUUGUAAAUGUGUUCAGGUUGUAUAAAAUUGUAUAAAAAUUCAGCACAGCCUUUUUUUUCUUACAUGUAUGUAUUGGACUUGCUUUUUGUGUAUUGGGUCAUCUCAUCUCUUUCAAUAUUAUACAUGCCAUGUAAAGUAUUUAUUUGUUUUAUAAUACUGAUAUAUAUGUAAAGGACUAUUGAAGGUUUUUAAAAGACAUUUUACCUGCUUUUGCAGAGAUAUUUUUCUUUUUAAUCUUCUGUGAAUCUGCUUAUUUCUGUCAAAUGUGGAUAUGUGCAAUACUUAAAAACAAGAGUAAAGCACAAUCUUUCUAAGAAUUUUAAAAUGUUCCAUGAUUAUAAUAUUUUAUACUUUUAUUUAUCUAAAAGCACUUGAGUUUGCUGAAAGCAUAUUGAUAAACAUAAUAAAAUUUAUUAUUUGGAUCAUUUGAAAUCAUA